GCCUCGUAUUGCUGCUGCUGCUGGAGCUUCAUUGAACACAGAGUGGCCGCUGUGUCGAGGAGGAAGAGGAUGAAGAGUGAUGAACAGAGCAUCGACCCUACAUGAUUGAUCAGAUCGGAGCGGUGCAGCUGCACGCACGAGGCGACAAUCGGCGUCAUCAAUCAGCGCAUAGAUCCCAGCUGAUGUGAGGCUGAGCGCGAGGCGCAGCGGGAGACAAUCAGCUGAGCGGGGUUCUGGACCUCUGGACGGGAUUAUGUGACGGAGGAGCCGCAGGUUCAAUCCCCGCCGCAGGUGAAGGGCCAGGCCAGCAGGUCAGGAGCUCUGAAGAUUAUUUGCCUCCCCCUACAGACACGUUUUGGAACUGCAGCUUUACCACCAGCUAACAGCUAACCGAGCGGCCUCCUAGUUAGUGAUCCAGUCCUGUGGUUGGUGCUCUGACUGCUGGAUGGCCACAGGAGUGAACUACUGGAACUCUUAUGAACCCAACUGCAAGGUGAGUGAGAGUGUGUGGGGAGGUGAACAGGAGUCGAGUAGUGAGGAAGGAGGCGGAGAGGUCAUAUGGGACGCACAAGCCAUGGAGGUCAAAGGUCAACUCAUCUCAGCACCUGACCCUCUCACCUGUCCGGACAGGAAGCAGAGGGAGCGAAUGGUGGAGCUGCAGGAGAGGAGGCGGAGCCUGCAGGCACUGCUUAGCAGUCGAUUGGCUGAGCUGAGACGCAUCUGUCUGCAGGAGGCUGAGUUGACAGGUGCGGUGCCCAGUGAUUUCCCCCUGGAGGCAGGGGAGAAGCCCCCCUGUGUUCGUAGGAGAGCUGGGACAUCCCGCCAGGGAAACAGGAAGUGUCGAGUAGAGGAGGAAGACCCUCAGCGUUCGAAGCCGAAGAAAACUUUAUUCAGUGGCGCUCUGAGGAAACACAGCGACUCUGAACACGGCGCACACACCCAGACGCACACACACCACGGCAAGAGGACUGUCCACAGAGGCUGCCACACAGAUGACACAGUGAGGUCAGAGAGCAGCUCGACAUCAGACUCAACAGGACACGACAAUGACGACGGUGUGUCUCAGUGUCGCCCCCCGCUGGUUUCUUCUGGGUCUCCAGUGGAGGUCUUCUACCAGAACAGAACCAGGAGGAACUCCCUGCACAACAGAACCGAACACCCAGAGACCCAGAAGCCCCUCCCUCUGCCUCCCUCCCAUCCUCCGCCGCCUCCCCCUCGUUCUCAGGACUCCUCCUCCUCCGGCCCCUCUGACCCUGGAGCAGGAGGGGAGGGAGGAGUCAGGGCUAACGCAGCUCGUCGUAGUAACAGCUCCGAUGGCCUCCUGGACCGCAUCACCCCCCCGGAGGAUGAGGUGGGGGCGCAGCAGGGGGGAUUGUGGGUAAACGGCCUGCCGGGGUCCAGAGGAACAAACACUGCCGGAGCGUAUUGGAACUCCGAGAUGCUGACAGACGGACGGACGCGGGCCAAUAAUGGAGUCAGUGACGGGAGAGGGAGAGGGGGAGGUGCAGGGCGAGGGAGAGGAGGAAGAGGAGACAGAGGAGGAAGAGGAGGGGGAUACAGCGAUGUCCUGCUGGACUACGUCUGGGGAAAACAACAGCAGCUGCAGAGACAGCAUUCACAGCCCCACAGGCAGCCAGUCACAUCGCAGCAACAGCUGGUCUACAAUGGCUACUCCCAGCAGCCAUCGGGAGCCCCGCCCACCUACCGCGCACCCCAAGGUGACCAGCGGCGGGUCACGGUAACCCGCACCAAAUCCUGCGGUCCGUUCCUCCCGGUGCAGCAGAGCCAACCUGAUGCCCACAAUCCUCCUCUGGUCGCCAUUCAGCCCGACCCACACCCACACCUGCUGCCACCCCGACCGCCUCAGCUGCCCCCCAAUCAGGACUCCCAACUGGAGGAGGCCACCAGGAGCCUCCACAAGGCCCUCGCUCUGGAAGGUCUGAGAGACUGGUACCUAAGGAACACCUUAGGCUCCUCCCACCAGAACCAGGCCAAUGGGAAGGUGACCACAGGGGCCAACAGUAAGGUGAACGGAGGGGUCAAAAGUCAGGCAGGGGGAGGUGGAGCUCUGCAGCGCAGACGGACGACACACGGUGUCAUUCAGCAGUCGACCUAUCAGACGGAGACAAAUCAUCAUCAUCACGCUGCGCCGCAUCACAAGCACACGCUGCCGCAUUCAGCCACGUUCCACGGUCACCCGCUGCACGGCAGGUCUGUGGAUGGCUCGCUCUACCACGACUCGUUCCCUUCUCAGAAACAGGAAGUCCCUCUCAGAGAUCUGCCGGCAGACCAACCGUCUCCUGGGACUCUGGUCUGACUCACCGACCAAUCGUGGCGCUAAGAGGCAGGCGAACGGACUAAUUCCAGGCUGGUUUCCUGGGAUGAGCAACAUGAAGGAUUGUGUGUCCAGGUGUCUGAAUCAAAGACAGCCGUGGCUCGGUGGAGGUCCUGGGACCUUUUCCUGGCCUUGGUCCUGGUAGAUGGAUGUUCCUAAUUGUUCAGGUUGGAAAACACUGCCCGUCUCAAUGUUGCUGAUGUUGCUGUCCUCGUCGGCCCUCAGGGUGGAGCGUCUCUUUGUAAAAAUAAACCAAACCCUACACCAGGUCCAACCCUCCUGCCUCCUUUAUCACAGCCAUGUUGGAGGUCCAUCCUCCUUGCUGCUCAUGUCACUGCUGCUCUGCUCUGAUGAACUUCUCCUUCUAUCAGGGAUGGACAUUAAGUCAACAGCUGCUUUUCCACCAAAACCUCCAGGAAGAUCAGUUCUACUAGGAACUAAUGUCAGGAAAAGUUCCUGCAGCACACUGUGGUCCAAAGAAGAAGAUUCAGCGAUUCCCUCUGAAAGUUCUCCUCUGCAGGCACUAAAGCCUGGAUUCAGCCGGCGGUCCCUCUCGGUCUGCUUCAGCCUGAUUACUGCCACCACAAGCCAGGAGCAGAGCUGCUUAAAAGCGUCAGGUGGGAAAUGCUACAUUACUGGACCAAUCAGAGAUUUUCACAUGCACGUGCUGCCCUGACAUUUCUGAGAAUCUAGCAAAUCUGAAACUGUCCAAACGGCUCUUGCACGCUGAGGGAUUUUAGUCUCUGAGAUGUAAAAUGAGCAGACGUAAACAAAUCUUUGGUGCUUAAUGGAGCCUCAGUUCUCAGAUCAACGAACUCAGCCUGACGAUCAAUGACCAAAAACAGCCGUAAAUAUUCAGAAAAUUAGGUUCAAGUUCUUACAGUGGCAUCAGAAAACUACACGAAAUGAUGCUGAAUACACCAGCCACGUGUUGUAUACAUAUAACGUUUAUGAUAUUUAUAAAAAGCUGCGCGUUGAAGACGUUUCUCUGCUUUCUCUGAGGCGUUCACAUCACAGACUGAGACAUAGAUUGACAGGCAGCACGGAGACGCCACCCUUCCUCCAGUAGUUUGGCUUCCUCACAGGUUCCUACUCCCGGGAAAGUUCAAAUAUGGACGUCUCAGGCUGUUUCAUAGAUUCAGCCAUUUUCUGAAAGGUUUUAUGUUAAAAGCAGAAACUGAACAAAGUCUUUGUGGCUCUGUCUCUACACUUACGGCACCCUCGUCUUCAGCCUGUAAUCGGACUGUGCUUAGACAAUCAGACUCUUUAAACAUCGAGGAGGAGGAUCUGCCUCCUCUGAAGACAGAUGAUCACAGUCAGAGUGCUGACAUCACCAGCUGACUUCACCAGCUAACUGCAGCCAACCAGCAAAGCGUGAAAGAGGAACUUAUCGGUGAAUUGAUCAGGUGACCUGUCGAUCCCUCAGGUGAGUCCGGGCAGGGGAGCAUCAAUAUGAGAUUCUCCGGUGUUCUCCCGGUUUGGACUCAACACAUCUGCACUAAAACUCGAACACAGAGUUUACUCCUGACACCAGCUGAACUGUCGCUGCUGCUGUUUGUGGCUUUAAGCAGCUGCAGCGGCCUCGAGUGGAAACCAAACGUGAACAGAACAGAAUAAACCCUCAAAAGAAGAACAAACUCCGUGCCCCGCCCACCUCACCGCUGCAAAGUGACGCACCGAAGCUGACGUAGUUGUGUUUUGUCAGAAAAAGGGAAAUAUUUUCUGUACGUCUGUGCUGCAUUAACUUUAAAUACUUUGGAAAUGAUGAUAUUUGGAAACAGAACACAUGAAAAGCUGAUACAAAACUGCUCAAACGCUCAUUUGGUUUCUGAAAACUCAACUUUUUUAACUGAGUCAAACAUUUCAUGAGUCCAGCUUCUCAAAUGUGACUAUUUGACACUUUUCAGUUUAGUUUAAUCUUUGUAAGGUCUGGAUUGUUAGUUGCUUUCUGCUGCAGGAACACGGGACGAGUUUUUUGCUGGGCUCAGACUGCGGAUUGCCAGUUUUUAUCAUUAGCAGUGCUUUGCAGUGAGAAAUUACAAAAGGAGAAGGCUGAACAAACUCUGAAUCAGAAAAUGUUUUAUGGACCUGUAGUCCUAAAAUGCAGUGCCUGUUGGGUAGACCUGCAUUAUUGUGAUUGUAGUAAAAUAUCCUUUUGUAGGUAGUUGGGCUCUUACAGCACCAGGAACUUGAUACCAAGCAUCAAACAGCCUUUUAUCGGCAGCCUCCUGAGAGGCCACCACAAACAGCUGCUUCCCAUACUUUCAUAAGUCCUUAACGGACCAAUCAGCAUGCAUUAGCAGAUUAUAUAGACAAAGUCAGCUUCCUUGGAAAACAACCAAAAGGACAAAGUGUUUUAUUUGAGUUGAGGCAGUUGUUGAUACUGUAUUUGUGAAAAUUAUUUUAGCUCACUGGCUCCUGUUCACUGAGGAUCUUAUGAGCGCUCUGCAUUAGUAGGAAGUGGAAAGGCUCUUUGUUGAUUGGCUCAGGCACUGAUUCAGGGAAAAUACCUCAUGACUGCCCACAGUUCCUGCAGCGGAAACACGCUUUUUUUUUUCUUUUUCAAACAGUGAAUCCAGAUUAGGAUCAGCAUGACAAUGAAACAAUCAUCAGCUGCAGCUCUGACUGCGUCAACAGAGCAGAACUAGUUACGGUUUAUCCUCACAGAAAGCAGAAAAAAUAAUCACAUCUUAUCAGAUACUCAAUUGAUUAGUCAGUUAAAGGAGGCAUCGCUUUGGAGGUUUCUGUGUUCAUGGUUUAAACGAGGCCCACGUGAGCUGGAAAGCUGGAAGACCGCUCAGACCUUCUGCCCCUUUCAAAGCCAACAGUGAAGCCAUCGUUCCGCUGAGCUGAUCGGGACUCCAGGUCCAAAUCGAGAUCCGAGUCCCGGCCGACUGAAGCAAUAAGAGGAGCUGUUCCAAGUUUCAGUUUGAACAUUUUUAACACUCCUUCAGGAAAACAAAAAGAAGCAUUCGCAGCGACAAUCAGGAAAUGAUGACACAGUAGUGAUGAAUUUAUUCUGUUUUUUGUUUGUGAAAUGACUUUAUAAAAAUGCCCAUGAAUGAAAUGCAGCUUUUUCAGCCCUGUGACGUCAGUGUUAUUAAUCCAUAAGUUAUUGAUCUGUGUCCACACGUAUGUACUGUCUGUAUUUAUUGAUUGUCUCUUGGCGUGCGGUUGGCUCUGUGUUCCUAAGUUGCAGCUUUGCCCGAUUCAGCCUCUGCUUUGUAUUUUUAAAAUGAAAAAUUCAGCUUCACUGAAACCGGUCUGACCUCCAGCUUCCUCCAGAACGAAGCCGCGGCCACAUGACCCAGUAUGACAUCACACAGAUAACACGUCAGGGGAUCAGUGAGCGAAGACUUGAGAGUUUAUGACACAUCAAGCACAGUUUCAGUGUGAAUAGAGGUCACAUUCAAUCUCAUCCAAGGCGGGAUCAGAAUGUUCAACCACUGUGCCUAUAAAAAGCAUAAACACGUCUGAUUUCAGUUUUCCCAUCGAUGCAGGCUUCUCUCGUUUAGCGGUACACUGCUUCCAGCGCUCCACGUGCGAUUUCAGCGUGGGUCUCAAGCAAACAUCAACUUUAAUUUUGAGAAUGAAGAGAGCUGGAUCUCCAGUACGACGAGGAAGCUGUUUUCACACAUGAACUGCAGCUCUGAACUGUUCCAGGACUUCGUGGAUGUGAACGGUGAGAAUUUCUGACAGUCAGAUUGGUGAUCAGCUGGUCUUUAACCCACUCCUGAACCUCUGGUGUCAUGGGGGGAACUUUGGAGACGGUCCAGAACGACUGGUGCCUUAUGAAGCCGAAGCCCAAAAAGAAGUUCACUGGGUCAUUUUUAUUUCUGGAUAUUUCAUGACACAAUUAAAUCGGACAUUAACUGGUAUUUAACCUGCCAGGUACCUAAUAAGAAGUCAUGAGUUGAUGGAUUGUGGGAAUUGGCAAAUAGUGCAGCUAAUAGUAUGGCGCAUUUAUCACCAGUGAGUCGGCAUCUAAGCCAAAUGGAAGAUUUCCAGCAGUGUGAAUGAAUCUGAAGCUGCUUUUUUGCUCAUUGGUUCUAGAAAGGAUGAAUCACCUGACCUGAUGGUCCCCAAAUUGUCUGAGGUUCAUGUGUGAAAACAGCUAGAGACCAAAAAGUCUUUAGUGGAAGAGCUCGUGGGGUUGGGAGAAUGACCUACUUCUCGCUUUCUCAGAUCUGAUCAACCCGAAGCUCUUGUUGAGGGAGAACAUUUGGAGCAAACCAGCUGAACUGAAGGGAUUCAGCAGAUCACAGAUGCUUCCAGAGAAGCUGGGAACGCUGUAUUCCUGCAUAGGGAAUACGCUGUAUUCACUCGGAGUGAGUGAUGGCCAAAUUUAAAUCAGAUAACAUUUAUUUGCAUUUUAUAGGCACAUAUGUGAAAAUCUUUUAUUUUAUAUAUGGAUAAUUUUAUUUUUCUGACUGGAAGUCUGGUCAUGUGACCGUGCGGCUUCAGAACGACUCAGCAUGCCUGCCCCCCCCCCCACUCCGCUCUCACACCAAAGCAGAAAUAUGUGAAAAUAUGAUGUAAAUACAGCACACAAGUUCAUGACUGUUUGAGCUGCUGUACUGCUGUACCUGUACAUAAUACUGCAGCGCCACUAACAGUACUGCAUCGCUGCAGUACCAGUAUAUAACAGUACCAGUCUGAAUAUAUGUCACAUUCUGUACUCUCCAGUACCAGUAUUAUCUUAGAGUACGGUAUUGUACUCCUGUUGUAGUACUGGUAAUGUGCAGUGCUAGUAUUCAGGGACCAGGAUUGCAGCUGUACUGACGUCCAGGUUCAACCAAACUCUGUACAGUAUUUUGAGGAUUUGACAUGUAUUUUUUUUCUGUCUCAGUAUGAGAGUGAAUUUCCUCCAGCUGAGCAGCUAAAUAUUUGGAUUUUCAGUUUAAAGCCCUGCAUACUGCCGUGCUCUCCAGUACAGCUCUUUGCUCUGAGGGCCUCCUGCUGCCAUUCUGUGUCCCAGUUCAGGUCCAGGACCAGCUGUAGGUCAGCUGUGUGGACUGUGUCUCUGCUACGAUGCAUUCAGGUGCACUGUGUACAGUCCAUUUUUGUUUUGCUGUACAGGGAAACACUGUAAAAAAAAAAAUGUUUUCUAUUGGUCAUUUGUACUUUUUUCACUCUGAACUUUUUCUGAUGUUUCAUGGUAGAAAUGAAGCUUGGUGUAAAUAAAGCCUCAGACUGUCAG